AUGCUCAAAGCACGUAUGAAAGAGAAGCAACAACAACUGGCUUCUUCCUCGUCUUCCUCCACUCCAGUAACCACUCCUCCCAUCCAUACCUCUUCAAGUACCUCUCCUAAUACUAUCACUACUGCUUCCUCGUCCGCAUUGGUUGGUGGUGGUGUUUCUACCAACACAAACACGACUCCGUCCAAUUUUGGUUUGCCUAUUUCUUCUUUGAUGGCUGGCGAUGAGAGUCAUCACGGUUUUUCUUCUGCCAUGAUUGGUUCAACCUCGGGUAGUGGUGUUAAUAGUUUGAAAAGAUCUCAUCACGAGCUCGAGGAAGAUGAGGACGAUGAAGAAGAUUUCCAGAGUAUGGAGAGUGCGAGCAAGCAACCUCAUCAUAGCUUGAAUGAGGACGAGGAUGAGUCAUCAUCCUCCCACUCGGGUACCAAUAACGAAGGAACCUCCUCCACCACCAUCCCCAACGCCCAGAAUCAGGAUCAUACAACGCCCGUUUCUACUGGUACUCACAACUCUGCUCUUUCGGCCGUUCCUACUGGUUCAUCCUCCACAGCAGCAUCGACAACAGCAAAUGGUAGUGCGAUGGCCUCCUACAAUGGAAAACCACUUGCUCCUCCUUCCAAAGUUCUUCUCUUCUCGAAUCUCCCUGUGAAUUGUCAGAAAUCUGAAGUGUUGGAGUUUGAUCUCUUUCCAAACGAAUGCAAAUUCCAAAAGGUCUUUCUCUUCAAGCAACCUGCAUCCACUGCGAACAGAAGCAACACCAAGAAGAGAAAACGCGAGGGAUAUUUGGCCUUUGUCGAGUUUGAGAGUAUUGAGAAGGCACAAUUAUAUCUGAGCAAGUUUGAGGACCAAAAGAUCAAGAUUCGAGGCAAAACUGUCUAUCUCAAAUUCUCUGAGAAACAACAAUUAGAGGGAAGCUCUAAUGCCAGCGAAGAGGAUUUAACUGUGACCACAACUCGCAAAAAUGUUGUCAAUACCAACAAUGCCACCAUCCUUCAUAUCACCUUCACUCAUUGCGAUGAGUAUCGCUAUCCAAUGAAUGCCCACACUCUUUAUAAUUUAUUCAACAAGUUUGGAACCAUUGAGAAGAUUAAUAUUUUCAUCAAGAAUGAACUUACACAAGCCCUUAUUCAAUUUAGUCAACCCAAUGAAGCUACAGAGGCUUUAAGGGAAAUGGAGAGUGUUUUUGUGCAUCCCGAUUUGAAAUUGUAUCGCAUGAAUAUUCAAUUCAGCAAAAAGUAUCGUGACGAAUUGGUCAUCAAGGAAAACAAUGACAGAAAUAGAGAUUACACCCAACCAUCAGGUACCACAAGUGGCAGUAGCACUUCAGGCAAACCACACGAUCGCUACAAUGCUCCUUCAAACCAAUCCUUCUAUGCAACACACGAUCAACAACAACAGCAACAACAUGAUUCAUCCUCCUAUCAUUAUCCAGAAUCAAAAAGUGCAUCCUCCUAUCAUCACAGUAGCAGCGGACAAUACAAUUCAAUGUCUUACAGCUCCUCUGGUGGCUAUUAUCAACCCAUGAUUCCAGGACCCAAUGCAAAUGGGUCAUCCUCAUCUGGACCUCUUGGCAUGAUGCUUCCACCAUAUGGAUCAUCUUCUUCGAAUGAAUAUUUACCUCCUUCUUCAGGUUCCUCAUCUUCAUCAUAUCCAGUCUUGCCACCACAUCCUACUGCUCAUCACGGAAUUCCUCAACCUCAUCAUGGCAUCCCUCAACAAUUUCCUCCUUCUUUGCUGCCCAUGACACCACCUCCAUCUUUGAUGCCACCUCCAGCUGGUACUUGUGUUUUGAUUGUUAAAAAUCUUCCCUCUUCAUGCACAUGUGAUCACUUGUUCGUUCUAUUCGGCCUCUAUGGUGAUGUUAUCAAGGUCAGCAUUAGUUUGUCAAAGAAAGAUCACAAGACUCCCUUCAUGGCCUUUGUUCAAUUCAAAUACCCUCAUGAGGUUGCAAAUGCGUUACGUUUUCUCGGUGCUCCUUAUUUUCCACCUUACAACUCCUUCAACUCUGGUAUGGUUCCUUCAACUCAAGGUUGCACUCUUUUUGGCAAACAGUUACACAUUGAGCCAUCUCUUCGUAUUUUCGACAUUGUUCCGCCAAGAUCAUCUAAAUCCAAGGAGACAGACGGAUCCAAAGAUGUCAUUUUCAAGUCUUAUGAAAAUUCACCUCUUCAUCGUUUCACUCCAAGACAAGGCACCCACGAGAGCUUCCGUGCCAACUACAAGAAGGUCAUGAAUAUUUGUCCUCCUUCAAAUGUUCUUCAUAUCAGUAACGUUUCUGGAACCACAACUGAGGACAAGAUCAGAAGAGAGAUUGACAAGUUAUUUAUUGACUCUUCUUCAGGAGGUGACAAGAAGGCAAAGUCUCGCAUUGUUGAUUUCAAAUUUAUUGACUACAAGAAGACACAAACCUCUGAUCACAAGUUGAAGGAAAAGAAGUCGGCAAUCAUUGAGAUGGAUUCCACCGACUCUGCAACCACCGUUCUUGUCGAAUUGCACGACAUUUCUAUUGACUCACAUCAUUUGAAUAUCAAGUUUAGUAAUAGAAACACCAGCAGUGGUAGCAACUAUUCAGACACCUACUACAAUUAUCCACCACCAUCUCAUCACGAUGAUUAUCAAAGAAGUAACAGACGAGGCUAUAGAAGAAGCGGCGGCAAUAACAGCAACAAAGAGGAUAAAAUGCCUCAGUCAUCCAAUUCUUCUGAGAGUGUGAACACCCAUCAAGACCACUAG